AUGUCGGUCGAGAAGGAUGGCGUUAGGCCGGCGGUGGCAGACAGAGGUCCGACCAAGGAAGAUGAAAUGGAAUACCGGCAAGACGACAAGACAAGCCACGAAUGGAUGAGAUAUGAGAUAGAUGCAAAUGCCAGACAGGAAGGGACGAGGAUCAUCACGCCAACCAUGACUCUUGCUCGCAUCCUCCUUGACCUAACAGCCCCCUUCCUUCCCCUCUUGCCUGGUGCCUGCUUCCUUCUCGGUAUCGGUCAGGAAGGGAAAGGCCCAAACUGCCCUUCCAAGUGGGUACGUUGGCGAAUCAAAUGA